GGCGAAAGUGAAGAAAAACUUUCCAUGGGCUCAUUGACUACAGAUCAGUUGUCGCAAAAGCUUAAGCAGCAUAUAGAACGGAUCAGUGAGUUACUGCAAGUUCAUGAUAUACCAGACGUAAGUUCCGUAAAACGCUUUAUUGAUAUAAACCGUCAUUUUUACAUUUUUAAUUUUCUCUUUCUUUUUAAUGCGUCUUUCUUCGACUUAAAAACUACAACUCAUGAACCUUUGAUCGUACCAAACAAGCUGUAACCAUGGCCACAGCUAUUAAUAAUAUAUUAACAUCAUCAUCACUGGAAAGGCCAUAUAAUCGUUUUGAUUCUGCAGGCUCUGGAGUAAUGAAUUAUAUCAGUCUAAGUUUAUGGUAUGAAAAUUAUUGCCGUUCCUUGAAUUUGUGUCGGCAUUACGCUGAUUUAGCAACAGAACGGGAACUUCAGUUGACAACGGCGCGCGCAAACCAAACAACUGGCUUGACCAAUGGCAGAGCGGCAAAAUGGGCACCCGAAGUCGUGUUUAGUUCUUUCCCCGCGCUUUCCUGUCGUCAACUGACGUUCCCGUCCUGUUUUUAAAUCAGCCUAUUUUUAGGACCGACACAUGAUGUAACAAAACGCGCCUUUUCCCUAUUAACUUUGUUUUAUACGAACUAAAUUUUAUGCCUAGUUUUAAAUUAUCUUUAUUUCUCAUAAUCAUUUAAAGACCUAAUUGGCUAUUUUUGCCUACUUAAAAAUUCUGAAUGUUGAAUAACUGUGCUAAAAAAUGGGGUUCAAAAUAUAAUUUUUCAUUUAAACUGCACAGAAUUCGUUUUCUCGUCCGUCUGGGACCUAUAGUGACAACUUUUGCCAUUUGCCAAUCCUUAUAAACUGCAGUGUAAGAUAAUCAAGACCGAAAAUGUUUUUAAAAGUUUAUUGAUGUUUUUUUGUUCUGUUUGUUUGUUUGUUUCUGGUAACAGCCUGAAAUGCUAAACGUAAAGCAAGAGGAGGUCAUAGAUUGUGAUGCUGCUCAAAACGUUCUGGAGGUCAAAGGCAUGCCAAAAGUUAUGGAAUUAAAAGAUCUCGGAAAAAACUCAGGCUCGAGUUCUUCGAAUGUGGCGGAGGUGGGGUCGAGUGUUUAUAAAGGCAAUGAUGAGUUUGCUACUUGCAGGAAUGCAGAAGAGCAA